CAGGGCGCAGGCGCGAGUGUCGGUCCCACAGCGCGUCGCCCUCGCCCCAGCCCCGGCCAAUCCCUUCGAAUCCGGCUGAGGCCGGGAAAUGCGAGCCAAUCACGGUGCGCGCUGUUGAUGCCGGCCAAUGGGAGCUCCGGAAGGAGGUGUGGAGACGCAGGGGGCGGGCGGUGGACAGUCAUGGCGGCCCGGCGCGGGGCUCUCAUAGUGCUGGAGGGCAUGGACCGCGCGGGGAAGAGCACGCAGAGCCGCAAGCUGGUGGAAACGCUGUGCGCCGCGGGCCACCGCGCCGAACUGCUCCGGUUCCCGGAAAGAUCAACGGAAAUCGGCAAACUUCUGAGUUCCUACUUGGAAAAGAAAAGUGACGUGGAGGAUCACGCGGUGCACCUGCUUUUUUCUGAAAUCGCUGGGAACAAGUGUAAAAACCAUUGGGUGAUAGUGGACUUGUGGUAUUUGGUAGAGAACAUCCUUGCAGUCCAGAAAGGACACUGCCAAGGACCCCGUGCCUGUGUCCGGACCCAGCUGCUCUUUGCGACCACACUAAGCUUUAACUGUUGGGUUCUUUGUUGGCAGAAUUUUUCCCUAGAUUGGUGUAAACAGCCAGACGUGGGCCUUCCCAAACCCGACCUGGUCCUGUUCCUCCAGUUACAGUUGGCAGAUGCUGCCAAGCGGGGAGCGUAUGGCCAUGAGCGCUACGAGAACAGGGCUUUCCAGGAGCGGGCCCUCCGGUGUUUCUACCAGCUCAUGAGAGACACGACUUUGAACUGGAAGAUGGUGGAUGCUUCCAAAAGCAUUGAAGCUGUCCACGAGGACAUCUGUGCGCUCUCGGAGGACGCCAUCCGCACUGCCACAGAGAAGCCACUGGGGGAGCUGUGGAAGUGACCCGAGGCUGCCCACUGGAGACGCCUCUCCCUGUAGUCCCUCGAGAGGUGGGAGACCCGCGGAAGGCCCCGUCUCCAGCGGUAUCCAGAUCCCACGACUUCAGGAGCUCUUUCCCGGCAGCAGAGAUCUGCAGGCUGCCUCUUCUGCCCCGGACGGGGGUGUGGUGGGGACCUUGGCAGUAUAGACAUGAGCAGAGCGAUGGAGCAGUCUCCUGCCCUCUCGCUGCCAUCAGUGUCCUGAUAGUACUCUGUUGUAUUUUUUACUGAAGUUCAGUGAUAACUCUGAGUAGUUUCAUUGUGAUCACUGUAAAUGGUAAUCAGUUGGAAUUCUCCUAAAUGUCUUCUAGACACUAGUAAAAAUUGACCUGAAAAUUG